ACGUGGGCCUUCGCGUUACCCUGUCUUCAUCGAUUCGGCCCCGGGGUGGGGAUCCCCAGAGGAUGUGGCGCUGCCUGAGCUAAGCUUAAAGCGCGCGUAGGAGUUAUACAAAGACCGAGGAGUGUAGGGGAAAGAAGGAUAUUUGGGAAGGGGUAAGCUGCCAGGGAGGUUGGAGAGCUCACGGCGUUCCAGGAAGUGAAAGAAGGCGGGACGGAGACAGGAGAUGAGGCUGCGGAGGUCAAUCAUGAGGAAGCCACGAGCAGCUGUGGGAAGUCGAAGUCGUUGCAGGAAGCAGGCAUGCAGCCAGGAGGGAAGGGAGAAACGUGCCCUCAGCAGCAGCCAGGCCAAGCUGUCUGCACCUGACGGCCUGGCCAGGCAGCAGGAGGAGGUGAGAUUGCAGGCCGCUGUCUCCCCGUACCAUCUAUUCAGAGACACAGCUGAGGUCACAGUCUUCCGGAAGAGCCUGCUGAGCUGGUAUGACCGAGAGAAGCGGGACCUACCCUGGAGAAGGCGGGUGGAGGGUGAGGUGGACCCGGACAGGCGGGCAUACGCUGUGUGGGUCUCAGAGGUCAUGCUGCAGCAGACCCAGGUUGCCACGGUGAUCGACUAUUAUACCCGAUGGAUGCAGAAGUGGCCAACGCUGCAGGACCUGGCCAGUGCUUCCCUGGAGGAGGUAAACCAGCUCUGGGCUGGCCUGGGCUAUUACUCUCGAGGCCGGCGGCUACAGGAAGGAGCCCGGAAGGUGGUAGAGGAGCUAGGGGGCCACAUGCCACGUACAGCGGAGACCCUGCAGCGGCUCCUGCCUGGUGUGGGGCGGUACACAGCCAGAGCCAUUGCUUCCAUUGCCUUUGGCCAGGCAACCGGUGUGGUGGAUGGGAACGUAGUACGGGUGCUAUGCCGUGUCCGAGCCAUUGGUGCUGAUCCCAGCAGCACCCUUGUUUCCCAGCAGCUCUGGAGCCUAGCCCAGCAGCUGGUGGAGCCAGCCCGGCCAGGGGACUUUAAUCAAGCAGCCAUGGAGCUGGGGGCCACAGUGUGCACCCCGCAGCGCCCGCUCUGCAGCCAGUGCCCUGUGCAGAGCCUGUGCCGGGCACGCCAGAGGGUGGAGCGGGAGCAGCUCUCAGCCUCACGGAGCCUGCCAGGCAGUUGUGACGUGGAGGAGUGUGCUCCCAACACUGGACAGUGCCAGCUGUGUGCGCCUCCCACAGAGCCCUGGGACCAGACCCUGGGAGUGGCCAACUUUCCCAGAAAGGUCAGUCGCAGGCCCCCCAGGGAGGAGUGCUCUGCCACCUGUGUUCUGGAGCAGCCCAGGGCCCUUGGGGGUGCCCGAAUUCUGCUGGUGCAGAGGCCCAACUCAGGUCUGCUGGCAGGACUGUGGGAGUUCCCAUCUGUGACCGCAGAACCCUCAGGGCAGCACCAGCGCAAGGCCCUGCUGCGGGCACUGCAGAGUUGGGUUGGGCCCCUCCCAGCCACCCGCCUUCGGCACCUGGGACAGGUGGUCCACACCUUCUCUCAUAUCAAGCUGACAUAUCAAGUAUACGGUCUGGCCCUGGAAGAACAGACCCCAGUGACCAUAGUACCACCUGGAGCUCGCUGGCUGACCCGGGAGGAGUUUCACACCGCUGCUGUCUCCACCGCCAUGAAAAAGGUGUUCCGUGUGUACGAGGGCCAACAGCCAGGGACCUGCAAGGGUUCCAAAAGAUCCCAGGUGUCCACCCUGUCCAGACGGAAAAAGCCCAUAGCAGGCCAGCAAGUCCUGGAUAGUUUCUUUCGGCCCCACAUCCCCUGCUGAUGCACCCAGCCUCAACAGUGCAACACAGUGAUGCCUCUGGAAGCCCCCACCCCCUGAGACUCCUGUUUAAUAAAGUGCUGA